CCCCGAGUCGAGUCCAUGUAUAAAGCCGCCUGCUCCGCCCGCCUCCUGCUCAGAUCCCUCUCCGCGUCCCCCCACGCCGCCUCCUCCUCCUCGCCUGCGUCGCGCCUCGUCGCCGCCCGCUGCCUCGCGCUCGCGCGCCCCUGCGCCGCCUUCGCCGGACGCGGACGCUCCCCAUCCUCCGCCGUACGCGCCCAGAUCGGGGCCGCCGUCGCGCCUGCCGUCGAGCGGGUCCAGCGCAGGAUGGCCGCCUCAGCUACUGAGCAUGCCUUCAAGAGUAUUUUGACCAGCCUCCCUAAGCCUGGGGGUGGCGAAUAUGGGAAGUUUUACAGCCUUCCUGCACUAAAUGAUUCAAGGAUCGAUAAGCUGCCCUACUCUAUCCGUAUUCUUCUGGAGUCAGCUAUCCGUAACUGUGAUGACUUCCAAGUCACGAAGAAUGAUGUCGAGAAAAUCAUUGACUGGGAGAACACAUCUCCGAAGUUGGCUGAGAUACCUUUCAAACCAGCAAGAGUUCUUCUUCAGGACUUCACUGGAGUCCCAGCAGUUGUAGACCUUGCAGCUAUGCGUGAUGCGUUGGCCAAGUUGGGCAGUGAUGCCAACAAGAUCAAUCCAUUGGUUCCAGUGGAUCUUGUUAUUGACCACUCAGUUCAGGUGGAUGUAGCAAGGUCGACCAAUGCAUUGCAAUCCAACAUGGAGCUAGAAUUUUCCCGCAACAAAGAAAGAUUUGGUUUUCUUAAAUGGGGCUCAACUGCUUUCCAGAAUAUGCUUGUUGUACCCCCUGGUUCUGGCAUUGUUCACCAGGUCAAUCUUGAGUAUCUUGGCAGAGUUGUUUUCAACACAAAUGGCAUUAUGUACCCUGACAGCGUGGUUGGCACUGAUUCACACACCACUAUGAUUGAUGGUCUAGGUGUUGCUGGUUGGGGAGUUGGUGGUAUUGAAGCAGAGGCUACAAUGCUUGGGCAGCCGAUGAGCAUGGUUUUGCCUGGUGUGGUUGGGUUCAAGUUGACUGGAAAGUUGAGGAAUGGUGUCACUGCCACCGACCUUGUUCUUACUGUUACCCAAAUGCUAAGGAAGCAUGGUGUUGUUGGCAAGUUUGUUGAAUUCCAUGGUGAAGGUAUGGGCAAACUGUCUUUGGCUGACAGGGCCACAAUCGCAAACAUGUCACCAGAAUAUGGAGCUACCAUGGGCUUCUUCCCUGUGGACCAUGUGACAUUAGAUUAUCUCAAAUUGACAGGCCGAAGCGAUGAAACUGUGUCAAUGAUCGAAGCAUAUCUACGAGCUAAUAAUAUGUUUGUGGACUAUAAUGAGCCUCAAAUAGAAAGAGUUUACUCUUCAUAUCUCGAGCUGGACCUUAACGAGGUGGAACCUUGCAUUUCUGGGCCCAAGAGGCCUCAUGACCGGGUCACUUUAAAGGAAAUGAAAUCAGAUUGGCAUGCUUGCCUGGACAACAAAGUUGGUUUCAAGGGUUUUGCGGUGCCGAAGGAACAACAGGAUAAGGUUGUGAAAUUUGACUUUCAUGGACAAACUGCUGAACUGAAGCACGGCAGUGUUGUUAUAGCAGCAAUAACUAGUUGCACAAACACAUCAAAUCCCAGUGUUAUGCUUGGUGCUGCCCUUGUCGCAAAGAAAGCCUGUGAAUUGGGUCUUGAGGUGAAACCAUGGGUAAAGACCAGCCUUGCCCCUGGAUCUGGGGUUGUCACGAAAUACUUGCUAAAGAGUGGCCUUCAAGAAUACUUCAACAAGCAAGGAUUCCAUCUUGUUGGAUAUGGAUGUACCACUUGCAUUGGCAAUUCUGGUGACCUUGAUGAAUCUGUAUCAGCUGCCAUCACAGAAAAUGAUGUUGUUGCUUCUGCUGUGUUGUCAGGCAACCGUAACUUUGAGGGUCGUGUGCACCCUUUGACUCGGGCUAAUUACCUUGCUUCACCACCUUUGGUUGUUGCAUAUGCACUUGCUGGCACUGUUGACAUUGAUUUUGAGAAGGAACCCAUUGGAAUAGGAAAGGAUGGCAAGGAAGUUUACUUCAGGGAUAUAUGGCCCACAACUGAAGAAAUAGCCGAGGUUGUCCAAUCCAGCGUGUUGCCUGAUAUGUUUAAGAGCACAUAUAAUGCUAUCACGAAAGGCAACCCAAUGUGGAAUCAGCUUCCUGUUCCAGAAGCAUCGCUCUACUCCUGGGAUCCAAACUCUACUUACAUUCACGAGCCCCCGUAUUUCAAGGACAUGACCAUGUCCCCACCUGGCCCACAUGCAGUGAAGGAUGCUUACUGCUUACUGAACUUUGGGGACAGCAUUACCACAGAUCAUAUUUCACCCGCAGGCAGCAUACACAAAGACAGCCCUGCUGCCAAGUAUUUACUUGAGCGUGGCGUGGACCGGAAGGACUUCAAUUCCUAUGGUAGCCGGCGAGGUAAUGAUGAAAUAAUGGCAAGGGGAACAUUUGCAAACAUCAGGAUCGUGAACAAGUUCUUGAAUGGAGAGGUUGGGCCCAAGACCAUCCAUGUUCCUACUGGGGAGAAGCUUUCUGUUUUCGAUGCGGCCAUGAAAUAUAAGUCAGAAGGUCAUGAUACUAUUAUUCUUGCUGGCGCUGAGUAUGGGAGUGGCAGCUCACGUGAUUGGGCAGCAAAGGGACCGAUGCUUCUCGGUGUGAAAGCAGUGAUUUCCAAGAGCUUUGAGCGGAUCCACCGAAGCAACUUGGUGGGUAUGGGAAUCAUCCCACUCUGCUUCAAAGCUGGGGAAGAUGCUGAUUCACUCGGCCUUACCGGACACGAGCGGUUCACUGUUAACCUUCCUACUGAUGUCAGCGAGAUCCGUCCUGGCCAGGACGUGACCAUCACGACCGACAAUGGAAAAUCUUUCACCUGCAAGCUUCGAUUUGACACAGAGGUGGAGUUGGCAUACUACAACCAUGGAGGCAUCCUCCCCUAUGUCAUCCGCAACAUGGCAGCAGCUCAGAACUAGGCGAAAGCAACAGUGCAGUCUUUUCAGCGCCAGCAUCAACAUCGAGAGUUCGUUUGGAAUUCUGUGGCCUUUGUUCAGCGUUUAAAUAAUCUGAAAAUAAAGCCGCCGGAGACAGGAACCACAACAAUGACAUUUCCACACCUGGUUGUGAUUAUGAAACCGUGAGGUUGUCUGAAACAUAUCUUGAAUUGUGUAUUAAACCGUUCAGUCGUAGUCUAUGAGACUGAGAGCAUGGUGUACAUUAAGUUGUGCUAAAUAUAUCUGAAUCGAUAGUAAAGCUCUCCUUCUGCAA